UGCGCUGGUUGGCGGUUAGUUCGCUCGUGACUUCGCACCCGGACGGAUUUUCCUGGCUUGGAUCUCCCGCGCUCGAUAGUAGCCGUGAGUGUAGUGUGUUUGGCGCUUUUCUUCGUUUGCUGCGUGCAUUCCCAUUGCGAUAGUGGUGCCGGCCUUAGUAACGUCAUCUUUGGCCAUGUUUGCUCUUGUGUCCGGGUGCGGGUAUAGAGUUACACUGUGGUGCGAUAAUUGUUCGAAACUGGCAGCCCUCCACUAGCAGGGCCGGGUCGGGCCGGGCCAGGCGCCCCAAUAUCAAUUGGCGGGCUUAAUUAAUGAAGUCGUGUCUAUCCGGUGGAAAAUGGUGUAACGAGCCCAUCGGCAAGGGCUACACGUAUGGUGCUUUGGGAGUUCACUUAACCCUCAUUGAGUGUAGUGCGAGCAUUGGAUGGAAGAUCAGUUACCAGCGUGUAUUGUUUAUGGGAAUAUCCGUGUAUGUGCGAGUGUGUGUGCUGUUUGUAGUGAAGUAAAAAGGUUUCUUCUGCCUGUACAAGUCCCAAACAACGACGAUUGGGCUCUAGUGUGACUACGUCUCCGGUUGGAUACGGGCCGUGUCUCCGGCAAAGAGUGUGUGCGAUGGUUGGUCCGAGACUGAACCAAAUUAUCACCCCAAUGCUAAUUUACAGUGCCAGCGGAGUGGUGAAUUGUGUGCGUGUGUGUGAGUGUAUUUUUGUAGCUGAAAUUGAAUAAAAAAUCACAAAUAUUUCCUCCCGGACAGCUUUCCGAGCAUCCACGUCUAUUGUUCCUCAUUUGUACGUCGCUCAGUGGCUUCCAGCGCGCGUGUGUGUUCCAUGGGUGGACGCGCAUGUAUGCACGCUGAGUGUUUGAAUGUGUGCUGGUAAAGUCGUGAUUGUGCCCAUGGUAUGUUGGCUUGUGUUGGCGGAACAUUUGUCCUUCGCAAGAGCAAAAGCAAACACAGUCUCAGACUGUCCGCACUGGUUUUGUUUGCACGUAUCGUGCGAUCAUGAUCUAAUUUAAGGUUUUUGCGGUUGCGAAUCGUCUGCUCGAUGUGGAGCCGCGAGCCACUUGACAAAAAUCCGUCUCCCUCCGAUGGUGCGGUGUAAUUUGAAGAGUUUUUAUUACUUAACGCGCUACUACAGCUGUCGCGAUCUGAUGGAAAUCGAGUUAACACCGUCCGGCACAGGUAUCACAACGGGUAGAACGCACGAAAGCCUCGGAUCCGGCCACUUCCGGCGUAUGCCGGUGUAACGCAACAACAACAACAAAAUCCGAAAUAUGACAAUCAAAUUCGACUGUUACUGGUCCGACAGUGUAGACGCACAGCAAAGUUAUCGACCGACGGUGGCCUGCUUACAGGUCGGUGUGUUUGAGAACGAAAUCACGUGAACGUUGUGGCCCGUCGAUCAACAGUUUUGUCCCUUUUUGGACCGAGCGCGCUCUUCGAUUUGGUCGCACACGUUCGGCAAUGGGUGUUGGGGUUGCCGCGAUUUCCGCCUUCAGCAAAUCCCAUGUGCUCGGGUGCGUGACCGCUACAUUUUGUUGACGACCGUCCGCCAGCCCGCCAGCCAAAGAAAAAAAGUGAAAGUGUAAACAGUGUAAACAGAGGGAAAACAAACUUCGGGCGGCCAACUUCCGGUACCGUACGCGCCAGGGAAAACGCAAGGAAAACAGAAAAUAAUGACAGUUAGCUUUAACCGUGUGGGCAGACAGUUCGGUGUGUGGUUGUGGUCCGUGCUUGGUGUCCUGCUGGCAGGAAGUCAACUCGUGGUGUUGCUGGUGGAAAGUGGUCCCAGUGUAACGGUUACAACGCUGGCCAAUGUGAUUGUGCCGGUGCCCGGUGGAAAGCUGGUCGCGGUAACGCCGGACGGUAACAAUGCGUCUACGCUGGAAGGGACCGGCUUCAAUGGAACCGACCGGCAACGGGAGGAUCUGCUGCUGGACGGGCAGCUGGAAACGGGCACGGUACCGGUGAUAGAGCUGAAACGGGGCCAAUGUCGGUGCUGGAAUUCGACCGAGGAAGCCUUGGGCGAGGUGCAGUGCCGCUGCCUGGGACAAUCGAUCGUCCGCGUGCCCCAAAAGCUGACCGGUAUGCAACGGCUAACGCUGGAAAAGGUCGGCAUCAAGCGAUUGCGUACGAACGCGCUGACGGUGUAUGCGGAUACGCUGCAGGAUCUGUUCUUCAUCUACCUGCGGGAAUUUCAUCGCAUCGAACCGGCAGCCUUUUCUCGGUUGCGCCAUUUGCGAACGCUCUACAUCGCACACGCACCGAAACUCGAAUUUCUUCCAGCGGAUGUGUUUGAAGGAAUUUCGAUGAAGCUGAAAACGCUGCGGAUUAUACACAGCGGGCUGCUCGCCGUGCCUGACCUGCGCGUUCUCUCCGACCACAUAAUAAUGCAUAUGGUUGAUUUGGAUGGGAAUCAGAUUCGUGAAAUUUACGAACGUUCGAUACAACUGAAGACUGACGAGCUAAUUCUCGAUAAUAACGCUCUCACGGAGAUUCACGGAUCGGCUUUCCAUGGGUCGGAGAUAGCUAAACUGAGUAUUAAAAUGAACUACAAGUUGAAAGAAAUCCACGAAAAGGCAUUCGUUGGAAUAAGCAACAUAAGAGAGCUUGAUCUGUCCGGGACCGCGAUUGAAGAGCUGCCCACGGAAGGUUUAGCGGAGCUGGAAACUUUGCGUAUUCAGCACACACACUCACUUAAAACUAUUCCAUCGGUGUACAAUUUCAAGAACUUACGGACCGCGUACCUCACCCACUCGUUUCACUGUUGCGCGUUCAAGUUCCCAGCCCGCCACGAUCCAGACGCACACGAGCGCAAUCUUAAGAAGUUCUACGAAGUGCAGCACCGGUGCAUUGCGAACGGCUACUCGACGCCACACUUUAAGAUGGAGCUGGCCUCCAGUGCCGAAACGCCGCUCGUGCACGAUGCGGACGUCAGUGUCGACAGUGUGCCGGAGCGUAACAACCGCAACCGCCGUUCGCCGGACUUUCGCAGCUGGUUUAGGCUUACGGCGAGCGAUGAGACUGAUGAGCGAUCGACCAGGCAUGAACCACUGCAGAAGGGCAUCGAUCUGUCGGACAAGCGGAUGGGCGAGAUAGUGGAGGACAGUUAUCUGCUGCCCAUCACCGGCCAUCCGGUGGAUGAUGCGGGUGACCAAACGAUGGGCGGUGGGCUGUACACGGAGAAUCCGCUGUUGGGCGAGUUUCACGAGACGGUAGCACAAAUUUCGUCCAUGGAGGCACUGUGCGGUAAUCUGACGCCGAUGAUCUUCGAUGUAAAGUGCUAUCCGAUGCCGGACGCACUGAACCCGUGCGAGGACGUCAUGGGAUCUCACUGGCUGCGCGGAUCCGUAUGGGUGGUAGUACUGCUGGCCGUUUUCGGUAACGUGGCAGUGGUUGUGGUCCUGUUCUCAAACCGUAGCGACCUAACGGUGCCAAAGUUUUUGAUAUGCAAUUUGGCAUUCGCUGAUCUUUGCAUGGGCCUAUACCUACUGCUAAUAGCUUCGAUUGAUGCUCACUCUAUGGGCGAAUACUUCAACUACGCAUUCGACUGGCAGUACGGUGUUGGAUGUAAGGUGGCUGGUUUCUUGACCGUGUUUGCCAGCCACUUGUCCAUCUUUACCCUCACGAUCGUCACGCUCGAGCGAUGGUUUGCGAUCACACACGCGAUCUAUCUGAAUCGGCGCAUCAAACUGUCGGCGGCCAUGUACAUCAUGAUUGUCGGUUGGGUGUAUGCGAUCACGAUGGCCUCGAUGCCACUGUUUGGCAUAAGCAACUACUCGUCCACCUCGAUCUGCUUGCCGAUGGAAGCGCGAGAUAGUCUGGACAUUGCCUAUCUGCUUACCGUGCUGGUCGUGAAUGGGUGUGGGUUUGUCGUGAUCGUCGUCUGUUACGCCCAGAUCUAUCUUUCGCUUGGCAAGGAAACGCGCCAGGCUGCUCGCACGGCGCACAGUGGUGAGAUGACGGUUGCCAAAAAGAUGGCACUGCUGGUGUUUACGAACUUUGCGUGCUGGGCGCCGAUAGCAUUCUUCGGACUUACCGCGAUCGCCGGCUAUCCAUUGAUAGGUGUUAGCAAGUCAAAAAUCCUGCUGGUGUUUUUCUACCCACUCAACUCCUGUGCCAACCCAUACCUGUACGCCAUUUUGACUGUGCAGUACCGGAAAGAUCUCUUCUCCCUGCUCGCCAACUAUGGUCUCUGCACGCAACGGGCCCAACAGUACAAAAUGACCUAUUCGAUGCCCACCAACACAUUCCAGGUUGCACCAGCACGAGGUUCCGUAAACUACAACAGCAGCAACAACGGUACGCUGACUUCGGCAGCCGGCAUGGCGGCUUUGGCCAGCACCAACACGGACACGGUCACCACCACGAUUACGUGCGGCAGCGUAGUACUGAGCUCGAAUGGUAAUCACGUCAACGGAACUUCGACCGGUGGAGCUAGUGCCAACAGCGCCGUCAACGGGACGAACGUAGGAACCAAUGUCGUGGAGGACGAAACCUUUCUUUGAGCCGUUGCUGUAACUGACAAUACCGUACAAACCGGGUUUCGCGUUCCCGACCACCGUGGGUAUGCUCGUGCUCUCUCUCUCUUUCUUUCUCUUUCAAUUGUUAGAGACCGUGUUAAAAUAAGCGGAAACGAUGUAUGCUUCUUAUGCGGAGCGAAACAGAUUGUGUUCUGGUGUGAAGAAGCGCUGAGUAAACUAGUAAACCACUGAAAGAAUAUCAUUGCAUGUGCGGCUAAGUAUGUGUAUAUGUGUUUUGUAUGUGUGAAUGAGUAAACAGUGUGCGAAGAAAAUAGCUGACAAAAACAACAAAAUAAAGUCGAUAAGAAUUUGAAUAAUCAACUCAAAAAAGAAACAAGAGAACGGAUAUUGCACACUGAUCGGAGGAAGUAAUUAUUUUUAUACGAAAGGCUGCUAUCAAAAGACAUGCUCAGCAAAAGAAGAGUAGUAUACUAUCUAGACGCAAGAUGUGAAAUACUAUAGAUGUGAUUUAGUCUAAAACCAUCCAUUGCAGUGAGGCGAUGAGAUGUUGGACCCCAUGUAUCCUGUUUGUAAGGGCUAGAACGAAGGACAGAAGCACAGACGCGAUUAAUGUAUUAUUGCUGGAUGGAUUUAAUGUCGCUACAAUACAACACAACACAUGUGUAAAGAAAAGAUUUCAGAACAUGGUAUUUUUAUAAUAAGUGUAUAAUUUAAACUUCAACCAUGCUAUUCCAUCGCUUUAAGUUAAAGUGUAAAAAGGAGAAAACUAUUGAAAUGAAAUAAACUACCAUCGCAUCACUCUAAGACUGAAUUGAGUGAAAAAGGCAA